UAUCACUGCCCAUAUAUAUUCAGCGGUCGCCAGGUCUUUCUCGCCGAGUCCUAUCUAAUUGGUGUUGGAGGUAUAAAAAUUUGCUAAUUCUUUCAAAGCUUUUUUUUUCUUCCGGUACUCUUCUUCUUGCUCCUUAACUAUGAGAUCUGUGGAUCUAUUGCUGUUGGCGCUAGCGAUCUGCGGGGUGAAUGCCCAAUACAAAGUCAGCGAGAAACACGUCAUCAAUACUGAAAAUGAAGCACCUCAGUUGCAAGAUAUAUGGGGUGAAGCCUGGCCCUUUCAAGGUAUCAAUACUUUUGCGCACUUGCCCUACAAGCAGUGUCUCGUAGAUAGGGAAUUGACAUACGACAUAGCGCUCAUUGGCGUGCCCUUUGAUACCGCCACGUCGUAUCGCCUGGGGGCCCGAUUUGGGCCUCGUGCAAUACGAGCUGCGUCACAAAGACAAACUUCAUUUAGAGGUUAUAACCCGCGUGCCGAUUUCAAUCCUUAUACAUCUUGGGCGAAAAUAUUAGAUUGUGGAGAUAUUCCCGUGACCCCGAUGGACAAUUAUUUGGCAUUCAAACAAAUGACCAUGGCAUUCGAGGAGUUAAUCCUUGAACAUUCAGCCAGUGCUGAAGACUCAAAAGCACCAAGAUAUGUGGCCCUCGGUGGAGAUCAUUCGGUGAUCUUGCCUCAUCUCCGGUCACUUCACAAGAUUUACGGCCCAAUCAACGUCAUUCAUUUCGACGCACAUUUGGACACGUGGAAACCUGACAAGUAUCCAUCGUUCUGGCUGACUCCUCAGAGCGAAAUUAACCACGGCUCUAUGUUGUGGAAAGCCUUCGAAGAAGGGCUCAUUUCCACAAACAAUCUUCAUGCGGGAAUCCGCACAAAAUUGUCAGGACCUGCGGAUCUCCAGGAUGAUGAUGCGCAACACUGGACGAGAAUUUCUGCCGAUGACAUAUGGAUCGAUGGGGUGCAGAGUGUUAUCGACCGCAUCCUAGCUACUGUUCCAGAAAACAGUCCCACGUAUAUCAGUGUAGAUAUCGAUGUGUUGGAUCCUGGCUUUGGCUCCGGCACGGGAACGCAGGAGCCGGGUGGAUGGCUUCCCCGUGAACUUCUCUACGUACUCAGAGGUAUUGAUCUGUUGUCAGUUGUGGGUGCUGAUAUUGUCGAAGUGAAUCCUGACUUUGAUCAUGCGGAAAUCACCUCUACGAAUGGUGCGCAGGUUGCUUAUGAGCUAAUUACAUCCAUGGUGAAAAAGGGGCCUCUCGCGUUCGAGCAGAAGGCAAACCUAGAAAGAACGGCCGUACAUCCGGUCGAUGGCUUGUCCCUGCUUGCCGAGGACCAUGGACUGAGUUUUGAACUCAAAGAAAAGGCUGAGAAAUUACAGCAGAGACUUGAAGACGUCGAGAAACUCAAGGUCGAAUUGGAGCGUGAAAUAGCACAGGUGAAGAAGUUGCGAAUGACUGUUCAAAGACAGCAAAAGUAGCAUCACUGUAUAUGACAGUAGAUAUAUAAUGAACAGAAAUGUCUUUUUUAA